GACUAUUUACGCGACUCAAUCAUGGCGCUGUUUCCAGCGUUUGCGGACGUAGAAAUUAACAGAGUUGAAGAUUCUUCUAAAGAAUUAGACUGGCUGAAUAAUAAGAGCUUUCAGUGCGGGGAUGCUCUGUCCAUUCACAGUCGAUUUUUAGCAAAUACCAAUGAGACGGUGACCAAGAAGCAAACAAGUGCUGACAGAGAUGCAAGUUCGCUGGAGGGGGUGAAGAGUGAGGAGGACAGAGAGGGUUAUGUGCCACAGAGGAAGAAGAAAAAGAAACAUGAAAAGAAGAAGAAAAGGAAGAAAAAACACAAGAAGAAGAGCGGGAAGUAUUCGGACAGUAGUGGGUCCGACUCGGACACCAUCUACCCCAGCGACCUGAAAAAGGAAGAAGAGGCUGAAAGGAAGAAAGUCGCUUCAUUAGCAACUUCUUUCUGCUGGUUGGAUGAUUUCGAGUCGACCACAGAGCUGCCGUUCUGCGUCUACCGUAAACCCGACCCUGCAAACUGGACGUAUAAGUCUCUGUACAGAGGAGAUGUAACGAGGUAUAAGAGGAAAGGCAGCUCGUGCUUGGGUCUGAACGCUCAGGCUCAGGGCGUCAGCUGGGAGGAAUCGGAGAAGAAUAAGAAACAGAAAGGCGGAGACGGCAAACACACAGCAGACAGAUACUUUUCCAGAAGCAACCAACAGCUGCUGAGGUCUGAGCCCCCGAAUCCUGUAACGGCAGCAAGUCUUGAUGGCAGUGACGCCUUUGGCCCCGCCUCCUCCUUCAUCCCUCUCAGCGACAAUGACACAGAAAUCAAAGGACCUGCAGGUGUCAGAGGCCAGUCGUCAUCAGUAAAUCCUCUUGGAGUGUACGACUCCUCCACCGCCCUUUGGCUCCAGGGCAAAGGGCAGCAGGAGCAGCAGACGCAGCAGAAACCAGAGACACAGAAGGAUGUUGAGAGUGCGCCACUUCUGUCCGGGAGGACCGAGGAGUUCAACAGGCGGCUCAGAGAGGAGCCGACAGACACACAGCUGUGGAUCCAGUUCAUAAGAUACCAGGACGAGCUGAGUGCAGCAGUGUUUGGAGGAGAGGAGGAACAGCAGGGUAGCGAAUCGGCCGAGCACCGGAAGUCCUCCUACAAAGCUGUCAUGGAGAAAAAGCUCAGCAUUGCAGAUCGUGCCAUCGCCACAAACCCCACCUGCAUAGCUCUUCACCUGGAGAGGCUCAGGAUCUGCCAAGAGCUGUGGGAGCCUGCAGUUCUGGCGAAAGAAUGGAAGAAACUGGUGUUCCUCCACCCGAACAGCGCUCCCCUAUGGAAGGAGUACCUUCUCUUUACACAGAGCUACUUCAGUAACUUUACCGUGUCCAAAGUCAACUCUGCAUACGGGAAGUGUCUGAGCACGCUCAGUGCAGUGAGCGAUGGCAGCAUGCUCUCUCAUCCAGCUCUCCCAGGAACUGAGGAGGACAUGCUGGAUAUCUUUAUCCAGCAGUGUCAUUUCCUGCGUCAGGCUGGUCACGCAGAGAAGGCCAUUUCUCUGUUUCAGGCCAUGCUUGACUUUACAUUCUACAAGCCUGACAGUGUACAGAAACUGUCCACCAAACAGCAGGUUGAGUUCUUUGAACCGUUUUGGGACAGCGGGGAGGCCAGGGUUGGGGAGCUGGGGGCCAGAGGCUGGAAAGCCUGGAUGCAUCAACAGGAGCGUGGAGGCUGGCUGCAGCCAAGUGCAGAGGAGGAGGAUGAGGAGGAGGAAGAGGAUGAUGAGGAGGUGAAGGACAGGAGCCAGCCCAGAUGGGCCGUGUGGCUGGACGUGGAGUCGUCCCGUGAAGCUGCUCAGUGGUUGCCCUGGAGGCCGGACAAAGCUAAGGGCCAAUCAGAAGAAGACUGUGAGGACCCUGACAGACAGGUGCUUUUUGAUGACAUCGGGCCCUCCUUAAUUCGUCUCUCUUCGCCAGAGCUUCAACUCCGGUUUCUUCUUCAUUUUUUGUCUUUCCUGGGUCUGCCAGUGGACCCAGUGCUCUUUGCUGCCCCCUGUCAGCCCGGCUUGAUUUUAGAGAACCUUUCCUUCCUCACUCAAGGUAAUGAGCUCCGGCAUCCUCUGACCUCGUGCGACAUACCUGACCCCGGGGUCAACUCUGUAGGUCACACAGUUACUCUCCAAGGAACAAGGAAGUGGAUGGGGCUCGAAAAGCAGGGGGAAAAGUUCGUCACUAACGUGUUCAGUAUGGUCCAACCCAUGCUCCCACCGCUGCAUCGAUCAUGUCUGACCCUCAGCUGGAUCCAGUACGAGAAGCUGAAGGUCCUGCGAUGCUUGCGCAGCGGCAACAAAAAGCGUCUUCGCAUUCAGGGCAAGAGCAGCAAGCGCGUCGCAAAGCGUCUGCUCAAAGAACCAGACAACCGCUCGUCUCUGGUGUUGUGGCGGGAGUACGCACACCUGGAGUGGAUGCUGGGCAACCUGGACGAGGCCCGCAAAGUCUUCUCCACAGCCACGGCCAUGGGGGGAAGCAAAGGGCUGAGCAGCCCCACGCUGAGUGAGCUGUGCCUCCUGUGGGCCCAGCUGGAGGUGGAGGAAGCAGCGGCCGAGCAAGGAGGGUGGCUGGCCGACGUGACCACGUCCCCGGCUGUGUGUGUACUCUCCAGGCUGACCGACGGAACCACCUCAUCCUCUUUUCCGUCGUCGCAGCCUCUCUCAACAGUUUCCAUCCUAAAAGCAAGAAAAUCCUAUGAACAGGCUCUGACUGCCAGCCUGACUGCCCUGGAACAAAACCUGCAAAAUCCACAGUCCAAUAAAAAAGGCCAGGAAGACCUCCAUGGGGAGAAGCUGAGGAUGAGGGGUUUAGUCGGCUGUUACGCUCUCUUCCAGUACCUCACCGUCAGCAUCCAAGCAGCCAACGCCGUCUACAGCCAGGCCCGGGACCGGAUGGAGGAACUGCACCGCACACUGACACCCGACGAGCAGCCGAAGAGCAAGACGGAAGCAGACCACGCCGAAUCCAGCCCCGCCGCAGCGCCGCGGCUCUCCAUCAGCAGGCUGGCCGCGGAGUGCGAGGCGCUGGCGGUGCAGCAGGCGGCGCUGCUGAAGCACCACAGCAGCGUUGGCGUGUUUCCCCUGGCAACGCUGAGACACAUGCUGACCUCUGCCCUAUCGGCGUGGUCCUGCAGCGCCCCUCUCUGGAGCAUUUAUAUACAGGUGGAGAACCGUUACCAUUGUGCCGGCCGGGCACGCAGGUUUUUUCAGUCUGUGACCAGGGAGGCCAGCAGCUUGGUGCCACGACUCUUCGCUAUUGUUGCUGAACAACAGAGGAAGCAGCUGGUGGAUGCGGCUCAGAGGUCCUGUUGCCGCUACGAUCCCUUGUCCGUCCUGCCAGAGAACGGCCUCAGCAACCGUAUUCGUGGGUUGUUUGAAAGUGCCACAGCAACAGAGAUGGGCGCUCACUGUCCUUUGCUCUGGAGGAUGUACAUCCACUUCCUGGUGUCAGAGGGAAAAGUGCAUCAAGCAAAAGGCAUUUUCUACAAAGCCCUACAGAAUAUACCGUGGACUAAGGGUUUGUACAUGGAUGCAGUGCAGCUGUUCCCCGAGCAUUUGCAGGAGUUUGUCGAUCUGAUGACAGAGAAAGAGCUCCGGCUGAGGCUGCCUUUGGAAGAGCUGGAUAUACUUCUUGAAGACUGAGCAAACACACGCCCCAUUCAAGAACUUUCUUCCCAUGGCAAGAUCAGAACUCACAAAAUCAGCACAGACGAGUAGAAAGUCUGCCGGACUGAAGAGCUGCAGAGCAAAGAGCUGUCAUUUAUCUAGCAUUCAAGAAAACUGUAAAAGCUGUAUUUUAGUACCUGGGAGUAUCAAUAAAUGAGAAGUAAAUUUGUGUUUUGGUGUUUUGUUUAUAUGUGAUUGAGAGUGGGACAAUGGUUUCCUAUGGAAAAUCAAUACUAUUAAAAAAAAAAAAAAAAAAGCAAAAAAUAUUUUAUGUUGCACUGCCUAAAAAUCUAAAAAAAAAAAAACCAAAAAAAAAACCCCAAGAGUAUUGAUUGAAU